AUGGACGCUCCUACCCCUCCAACCUCGGCAUCCCAAGCUCCAGAGCCCCAACAACCAGACGACCGAACCUUCAUCGCCUUCGACACAUAUCCCUGGACCAAAGACGAAAAGUUUCUCGCAAACCCUCCUCGCCAGCAUCUCCACCUCCCCCACACCCCCGACCAAAACAGAAUCCGCUUCGUCCGCUCCGCCUACUUCACCCGCAUCAUCGGCAUCCCCGUCUCCGCCGACCAGUACGCCACCUGGCUCGCCGCCCACCCGGACCACCCUUCCCCGGACCCCUUCAUCCUCGCCUCCCUUCGCCAACCGCAACCCGACGCCGCCAGUGCUGCUGCCGCCCCUUCCAACCAACCCGCCGCGGAAGACCUGCCCGACUCCUCCCGCCCCGCCUGGCAAUCCGCCGCCCCCAAGGCCGAGCUCUUCAUCGACCGCUCAAAGCAGACCGCCGACCAGGUCGACCUUUCCUCCUCCGAUGGCCCUGCCUAUCCCUCCCGCUUUGCUGAGUUGAUUCGCUGCAUCAAAGAAGGCCUCCCGUGCCUGGUGUCCGUGAAAUCCCCGAAACAGUCAUUCGCGAUCCCGAAACCUUGGGAAAAGGCCGGAAACGCACAGUCCGAAUUCGCCUCACCCCCAGCCCACCCCGAGGAAUCCGCCUCGCCCUUCGCCACUCCCGCUAUCGAUCAAGAGUUUCCUCCACUAGAAAAGGAGCAGCCAUCGCCAGCCGGAGAUACUACGGAAACGGGUGCAAAGGAUCAGGAGAAUCCAGAACUGCCCGACGUGAGAAAACUAGAUAUAACAUCAGAUAACUCCACGUAG